GGCGCACGGGGGCCGCCUCCGCGCUGCCGCCUCCUCCGCCGCGGCCGGAAACAAUAGUGGCGGGUCCCGAGCCGCGCGGAACGGCGGCGGCGGCGGCGGCGCUUGGAGCCGGAAGGGGCACAAUGAACGAAGAGGAGGAGCAGUUUGUAAACAUUGACUUGAACGAUGACAACAUUUGCAGCGUGUGUAAGCUGGGAACGGAAAAAGAGACGCUCUCCUUCUGCCACGUUUGCUUUGAGCUAAAUAUUGAGGGAGUACCAAAAUCUAAUCUCUUGCACACAAGAUCAUUAAGGGGCCACAAAGACUGCUUUGAAAAAUACCAUUUGAUUGCAAACCAGGAUUGUCCUAGAUCUAAGCUUUCAAAAAGUACUUAUGAAGAAGUUAAAACCAUUUUGAGUAAGAAGAUAAACUGGAUUGUACAAUAUGCACAAAAUAAAGACUUGGAUUCAGAUUCUGAGUGUUCCAAAAAUACCCAGCAUCACCUGUUUAAUUUCAGACAUAAACCGGAGAAAAAGUUACUCCCACAGUUUGACUCCCAGGUACCAAAGUAUUCUGCAAAAUGGAUAGAUGGAAACACAGGUGGUCUCACAAACUGCACACAAAGAAUCUUUGAGCAGAGGGAAAACACAGACUUUGAACUUUCUGUGUUACAAGAUUCAGAUACCACAUUAUUGUGGCCCCACAGUCACAACCAGGCACAGAAAAAAGAAGAGACCAUCUCUGACCCGGAGACUAGGGCCCAGACCCGGCACCCGCAUUACAGCAGAGAGGAACUGAAUUCGAUGACCCUUGGUGAGGUAAAGCAACUGAAUGCAAAGCUCCGACAGCAAAUACAGGAAGUUUUUGAAGAGUUGACACAUCAAGUUCAAGAAAAAGAUUCUCUGGCCUCGGAGCUCCAUGUCCGCCAUGUUGCCAUAGAGCAGCUUCUCAAGAACUAUUCCAAGUUACCGUGUCGGCAAGUGGGUCGAACAGGGAUGAAGUCACACUCACCCAUAAACAACUAACCUCCUUAUUUCCUAUGCCCUCUCAUGCUUUGGUCUGCCAGGCAUGCAGACUUUGAAGAAGCUGAAGAAAGUUAACGGUCCAUUAUUUUAUGACAUUAUACUGGCAAAGUGUAAAGUAAUAUUUGACAUCUUUGUCAAAUAAAGCAGGUUGUUGCCCUGUAGGGUUAAUCAUUUUUGUUCUUUUGGGGAGUUAUUUUUUCCAUAAUUGCUAAAGGGCCUUCCUUAAUUUUUGUCACAUGUGACUACUUAAAAUAUAUUAUUAAAGUGAGACUUUAUUAAGCAUUUUAAUGUAGUUCACCUCAAAACAAUGGGUUAACGAACUCCUUAGAUAAGUCUGAGCUACUAAAGAUAGUUUUUAAGAGGGAAAUGGAAAUCAUAGCAUCACCUCUUAUUUAUUAUGAGCAAUAUUUUCAUAUAAAAUUUUAUAUAUAAAAUUGCUAUUUUCGGUACUUUCCCAUUUUCUUUAUAAUGUGUUUGAAUGACUAUAUAUUAUAUUUACACUUGGUGUAUGAAUAUGUUCACCCAUAUUUAAGAUCACUGCAUUUUAUUCUAAUAUACUGUUUUUAUAACUAUCUUGUUUUCGAAAGAUAAAUGUAUUUUGGAAUAGAAAUCUAUCUAGUUGAAUUGUUUUAAACUCUAAGAACUCUUAUGAAAAAAGAAUUAACUUUUUAAAAAGCAAGAUCGAAGAAAAUUUUUAAAAACUUUAAUGAAAACAAUUUUGAGUUAAUUCAGGAAGAAAAUACUAAGCUAGUUUUUGUACGCCCAUUUGUUUCCAUAAAAGAAAAGGCCUUUUGUACGUCAUUCUUUUCAUUAUAGUAACUUAGAAAUGUUUGAAUUUGGACAGAGUAAAUCAGACCUCACUACUUAGUUAAAUGUAGUAUCAUCAAACUGAGUGUGCUGUGAAACUGUUGCCCUAACUUUGAAAUUUAAAAAUUAUUUGUAUGCCACUUUGGAUAAAAGCUUAAGAAUCCUUAAACUACCCAAAUUGUGUUAUCCAAAUUUCUGUUGGAGUGAGUGCUCAAAGAAAACAUUGUGAGGUGAGGUAUUAUUUUUCUAAAAUUUAGA